CUCUCACUCUGCUCCUGCGGGUGCUCUUUGAGGACUUCAGGCCCCUGUUUGGAGAGUGAAUCCUGACCACGUCUGUCCCCCAGGCUGGAACACCAGAACAAGUGAAAAGGCCUUUUCCCUGGAAGCUUGGGGGCAGAGGUUCGUGAGCAAGAGGAGCCUCAGAUCAGGAUAGGUAGGAGCAGAGGAGCAGCUGCAAUGGCUUCAGAAAUCUUGGUGGAAAUAAAGGAGGAGGUGACCUGCCCCAUCUGCCUGGAGCUCCUGACAGAACCCCUGAGCCUGGACUGUGGGCACAGCUUCUGCCAAGCCUGCAUCACCACCAACAGCAGGCAGUCCAUGAUCCGCCAAGAAGGAGAGAGCAGCUGCCCUGUGUGCCGAAUCACUUACCAGCCUGAGAAACUGCGGCCUAAUCGGCACGUGGCCAGCAUAGUGGAGGCCCUUAGGAAGGUCAAGUUGAAUACAGAGGAGGAGCUAAAGAGAGAUCUCUGUGAGCGUCAUGGGGAGAAACUUCUGCUCUUCUGUAAGGAGGAUGAGAAGAUCAUUUGCUGGCUCUGCGAGCGGUCUCAAGAGCACCGUGGCCACCCCACAUUCCUCAUGGAGGAGGUUGCUCAGGAGUACAAGGAGAAUCUCCAGGCCACUGUGGACAGGCUGAGGGGGGAGCAGCAGAAAGCUGAGGAGUGGGGAUCUGACAUCAGAGAGCAGAGAACUUCCUGGAAGAAUAAAAUACAAAAUGGGAACAAAUUUGUCCAGUAUUAUUAUAAGCAACUGAGAGGAAUCCUGGACAGUGAGGAACAGAAGGAGCUGCAAAGGCUGGAGAAGGAGGAGGGAGAUAAUCUCGAUGACCUGGCUCAGGCUGAGAGUGAGCUGGUCCAGCAGGGCCAGCUGUUGACAGAUCUCAUCUCAGAUCUGGAGCAUCGCUUGCAGGGGUCCACAGUAGAGAUGCUGCAGGAUGUGAAAAGCAUCAUAAAAAGGAGUCAGACCUUCAUUCUGAGGAAGCCAGAAGCUCUCUCCAAGAAACAAAGGACAGUGAUCAGAGUUCCUGACCUGAAAAUGCUGCAAGCGUUUAUGGAACUGACAGAUGCACGACAAUACUGGGUUCACUUUACCCUGAGCCUUCUCAAGAAUGAUCCAGAUGUUGCUAUUUCUUUGGAUCAGAGACAAGUGAAAGUGUUACGUUGGAGCACAACUGAUACUCUUCCAGAAAAUGAUUAUCAGGAUUGUGAUGUCUUGGGCUCACGGUUUAUUACAUCAGGGAAACAUUACUGGGAGAUAGAUGUGUCAGAGAAACGUGCCUGGAUCUUGGGGGUAUAUUGUGCAAAACGUAUCAGUUUUCAACAAGGGUACUCUAAAUAUCAACCUCAACUUGGCUACUGGGUUAUAGGGUUACAGAAUCAGUUUGAAUAUAAGGCUUUUGUGGAUUCUGCCACCUACAAUUCCUGGCCCUACAACAUCCCUUCUCCUCGUACGCUCACUCUGACCGUUCCUCCCCGUCGUGUUGGGGUUUUCCUAGACUACAACGCUGGCACUCUCUCAUUUUUGAAUGUCACAAACAAUGGGUUUCUCAUCUAUAAAUUCUCUGCAUGUUCCUUUUCUGGGGAAUGUUUUCCAUAUUUCAAUCCUAUGAAAUGUACUGGCCCUAUGACAUUAUGUUCUUCAAGCUCUUAAACCUCUUACACCCUCACCCACUUCUAUGUGGUGCCUCUGGCCUUGGGUGCAUCUAAUGCACUAAGCUUAGCAGCCUCUUUUCUUUUUUCCAUUUCAACAUCCUUCAUUGAACAAUAGAGUGUACAAGUUGCCUUGUGUCAUAUUUUUCCCAGUGUCUUGUUUGCAUUAGUAGAUAAUUUUUAUUAACCAUUUUCUAUAAUCAGAAGCAAAAUGUCUAAUGCCUCAUAAAAAAACACCAGUAUAGGGGUGACAUCUCUGCCACUGAGAGGAAUAAGGAAAGCUUUUCAACAACUUUUGCAUAGUAUUCAAGAACUUACAUAGGAGCCAUUCCCUACAGAAUGAUUCUUCAGGGGUGUUUCAGUUUAUCCAUGAUGUUCCUUAGUCAUCAAGGAGCAAAGGAGAAAAUAUCAUAAAUAAUAUCUACUAAGGGGAAGAUUUAUGUCCAGAGUGUCUGAGUUAAAGUCCAGUCUCUCUAAAUACAUGCCAUGUAACCUUUAAUAAAAUACUUGAAUGCUGACUUUAUUUUCUUAACAUAGUCUUGGUAUAAAAACCACUGUAUAGUUAGGAUCAUUAUGAGAAAAAUAAUGUCAUUAAGUAUAAAACAUGUAGAUGUCUCAAUAAACCUUCUCUCUACUAAUUACUGAGAAAUAUAAGUUGUGUAGGUGUUCCAUGAAACAGGUUUCUACCAUUGGGGGCACUAGGGGGAUUUUUACUGAAGUCUCAUGUUUCAGAUCCCAGAUACCUCUGUGCUGCUGUCUAGAGUACUCCAGCUCUGCUAGUGAUAGACAAGCGUGUGUGUGUGUGUGUGUGUGUGUGAGACUGUGAGACUUUUAUUCUUAAUCAAAUAAUCUAAAUUGUAUGGGAUUCCAUUUCUCAUUUGUAAAAAAGUAAUGAAACUUAACUGAUGUAUUGUGAAAAUGAAGCAACAGAAUGCUUUGAAUAUUUCUGUCAUUUCUAGCACUUAAGGAAUAAUAAGUAUGCUGUAUAUUCAUGUUUGGUUUGCUUCUCACUGUGACUGAAAUAAAUGAUUUUAAGAAUACCUA